AGUGUCAUUCUCUGUCACUCCAGUAGGCCCCUUUGGCACUUAUUACCCCACAUAUAUCACUCCAAACCCAUAUACCUCUCACAUCAGCUGCAAAAUGGCGUGGACACCACGGGAUGAGGGUCUGCAGCAGCUCCUUCCGAUACUCAAGGACUCGCAGUCUCCGGACACAGCCACGCAGCUAGCCGUGCAAGUGAAGCUGGAAGAAUUCAAUUGCUACCCGGACUUCAACAACUAUCUUGUCUAUGUGCUCACGAAACUGAAGACGGAGGACGAGGCAACGCGCUCGAUGAGCGGACUGAUCCUCAAAAACAACAUCCUUGAACAAAGCACAACCCUGCAGCCGGAGUUCGUGGAGUACAUCAAACACGAGUGCCUGCAGGCAGUGGGUGACUCGUCGCCCCUCAUCCGUUCCACCGUGGGCAUCCUAAUCACCACCAUCGCCAGCAAUGGCGGUCUGCACAACUGGCCGCAGCUGCUUCCAUCUCUCUGCGAAAUGCUCGACAACCAGGACUACAAUGUGUGCGAGGGAGCCUUCAGUGCCCUGCAAAAAAUUUGCGAGGAUUUCGCCGAGAUUUUGGACUCCGCCGCGCUCAACAGACCGCUGAACAUAAUGAUUCCAAAGUUCCUGGAGUACUUCAAGCACAACAGUCCAAAGAUCCGCUCCCACGCCAUUGCCUGCAUCAGCCAACUCAUCAUAAACAGAUCUCCGGCCCUGCUGCUCAGCAUAGACAGCCUCAUUAGGAAUCUCUUACACGUGUCCUCGGAUGAUGACCCCGUGGUUCGCAAGAACGUUUGCCACGCAUUGGUGUGUCUGGUGCAGGUGCACUGUGACCACAUGGUACCGCACAUGUGGCAGAUUGUUGGGAACAUUUUGUUGUGCUCCCAGGACGCCGAUAAGGACGUGGCUCUGCAGGCCACCGAGUUCUGGCUGUCAUUGGGAAUGCAGACAAACAGCAGGGAUAUGCUGGCUCCCAUUUUAUCCCAGUUAGUCUCAGUUCUUGUGCGUCGAAUGCAAUACACGGAAGUCGACAUUACUCUUCUGAAGGCCAAUGUAGAUGAAGAUGACGAGGAGCCUGAUAGAGAGCAGGAUAUCAGCCCACGUUUCCACAAGUCCCGUGCACACUUAAUUAAUACUGAAUUGGAUGAAGACCCGGACGACGAUAAAUCGUUUUCGGAUUGGAGCUUGCGCAAGUGCAGCGCUUCUUCCUUCGACAUGGUGGCGAAUAUUUUCCGCGAGGAUUGCUUACCCGUUGUGCUGCCCAUCCUAAAGGAGACGCUAUUCCACCAGGAAUGGGUGAUCAAAGAGAGUGGUGUGCUGGCCUUGGGAGCUAUCGCCGAGGGCUGCAUGCAGGGCAUGAUCCAACACCUGCCAGAGCUGAUUCCCUACCUAAUUAGCUGUCUGUCCGACAAGAAGGCACUGGUGCGCUCCAUUACAUGCUGGACGCUCUCGCGAUACGCCAACUGGGUUGUCAACCAGCCGCACGACCAGUACUUGAAGCCGCUCAUGGAAGAACUGCUGAAGCGCAUCCUGGACUCGAAUAAGCGCGUUCAGGAAGCUGCAUGCUCCGCCUUUGCCACUCUGGAGGAGGAGGCCUGCACGGAACUGGUGCCCUACCUGGAGUAUAUUCUAAAGACGCUCGUCUUUGCGUUCUCCAAGUACCAGCACAAGAAUCUACUCAUACUGUACGAUGCCGUGGGUACUUUGGCAGACUCCGUCGGUCAUCAUCUGAAUAAACCGCAAUACAUUGACAUCCUAAUGCCUCCGCUAAUUGAUAAGUGGAAUCUGCUGAAGGACGACGACAAGGAUCUGUUCCCUUUGUUGGAGUGCCUGUCGAGCAUCGCCACUGCCUUGCAGUCCGGCUUUUUGCCCUACUGCGACCCGGUGUAUCGCAGGUGCAUCUCCCUCAUUGAGCAGACUAUCAACCAGGAAAUGCUGUGUGAACAAAACCAAUCGCACGACUUUCCCGACAAGGAGCGCAUGAUAGCUGCCCUAGAUCUGCUGUGUGCCCUAGCCGAGGGAUUGGACCACCACAUCGAGCCACUGGUGGCCAACAGCAAUGUAUUGCAUCUACUCUCCCAGUGCGUGCAGGACGUUAUGCCUACAGUACGCCAAUCUUCGUUUGCCCUGCUGGGUGAUUUGAGCAAGUCCUGUUUUUCCCAGGUAUAUCCUUUCAUCACCGAGUUUUUUUUGAGCUUGGUGCAAAACCUAAACCCUAACUUUAUUGAGGUGUGCAACAAUGCAACUUGGGCCAUAGGGGAAAUCUGCUUGAAAUUGGGUGAGGAAACCAAGCAGUACAUACGCCUCGUGCUUAGCGACCUGCUGAUCAUUAUCAACCGGCAGAAUAUGCCAAAAACUCUUCUGGAGAAUGCGGCAAUAACAAUCGGUCGUCUAGGUUAUGUGUGUCCAGAUGAAGUGGCUCCCUAUUUGCCCGAAUUCGCACGGGAGUGGUGCACGUUGCUACGUCAUAUACAGGACAACAGCGAGAAGUAUUCGUCCUUUAUGGGAAUGUGCCAUAUGAUCAGGUUGAAUCCAGAAGGCGUGGUGACCGACUUCAUGUUCUUUUGCGAUGCCGUUGCCUCGUGGGAGAAUCCUCCACAGAAUCUGCGACAGAUGAUUCAAAAUAUUCUCCAAGGCUUUAAGAACCAAACGGGUGAGGAGAAUUGGCAAAGUUUCACGGAUCAAUUUCCACCACCUCUGACCUACCGGCUAAACUACCUGUACGACAUAUGAAACUUAUUUUAACGGCCAGCGAAUUUUCUAGAAUCCGGUGCUUUAUGUUAAACUGGCUUGAACCAUUAUUCUAAAUUAAUGUUGACAUUGAGAGCUGAACUAUAAGAAAACUAAGUAACAAAACCGCGGAAACGUGACGAAAAAAGUGGUUAGUAAUUGAGAA